AAAUUGAUAAUCGGCACCGGGAAAAAUUGAUUUAUUACACUCGAGUAUUGAAUGGUUACCUAAAAGUACAAAUGGAUAAAAUACUCUGCAAUGCCCAUGCCCAGUUCUAACAGUAGCUGCCUCCGUCAACCCAGCUGCGUUUCCCCUUCGGCUCGCUUCUCUUCGCUUUCUCCAAGAGAGGAGAAGCUUAGCACGGAAUCUUUUAUCCCCAAAGUCUUUGUCGAUCCGCCUAUUCACCGGCUUCUGUGAUUGCUGCAGCCGGCUAAGGACAGUUUCGCCCUUUGAGCAGUUUUCGUAAGAUCUACGCCUCGGAUCUCAGUUUAGGGUUUGCGGGGUCAGGAAGAUGCAAAGGUCAACAAGGAAUCUUGAGAGAUCGACUACGAUGACGAGGGAGAAACGGGCUUUGGACACUGGCGACGGUGACGAGCGCGGCGGUCCUGAGGCAAAGCGUCAGAAGGUUCCAGCUCUUGCCAGUGUAAUUGUGGAAGCUCUCAAGGUUGAUAGUCUGCAGAAGCUUUGUUCAUCAUUAGAGCCCGUGCUUCGCCGAGUUGUCAGUGAAGAAGUGGAGCGUGCUUUAGCGAAGCUUGGCCCUGCUAGACUUGGGGCAAGGUCUUCUCCAAAACGGCUUGAAGGACCUGAUGGAAGAAGUUUGCAGCUGCAGUUCAGGUCAAGAUUGUCUUUACCAAUUUUUACUGGAGGAAAGGUAGAGGGAGAGCAAGGCGCUGCAAUUCAUGUUGUGUUGAUUGAUGCCAACAAUAACCAUGUAGUAACUUAUGGGCCCGAAUCUUCAGCAAAAUUCGAUAUUCUGGUGCUUGAGGGUGAUUUCAAUAAUGAAGAUGAUGAAGACUGGACUGAAGAGGAAUUUGAAAGUCAUGUGGUAAAGGAACGGGAAGGCAAGAGACCCCUUUUAACUGGUGAUUUACAGGUUUCCUUGAAAGAAGGGGUGGGAACCCUUGGAGAACUAACAUUUACUGACAAUUCUAGCUGGAUAAGAAGUAGGAAAUUCAGGCUUGGUUUGAAGGUUGCUCCUGGAUUCUGUGAUGGUAUUCGAAUUCGAGAGGGGAAAACUGAGGCAUUUACAGUUAAGGAUCAUAGAGGGGAAUUAUACAAGAAACAUUAUCCACCUGCUCUAAAAGAUGAAGUUUGGAGACUGGAAAAGAUAGGAAAAGAUGGUGCAUUUCACAAGAAGUUAAAUAAGGCUGGGAUUAGUUCAGUUGAAGAUUUCCUUCGGCUUUUAAUUAGGGAUCCACAGAGGUUGAGGAAUAUUCUUGGAAGCGGCAUGUCAAAUAAGAUGUGGGAUGUCCUUGUGGAGCAUGCCAAGACCUGUGUCCUUAGUGGAAAAUACUAUAUAUAUUAUUCUGAUGAAACGAGGAAUAUAGGUGCUAUUUUCAACAAUAUUUAUGAAUUUACUGGGUUGAUUGCUAGUGGACAGUACUUCUCAGCUGAGUCUCUAAAUGAGAGCCAGAAGAUAUUUGCCGAUACGUUGGUAAAGAAGGCAUAUGAUAACUGGUUGAACGUUAUAGAGUAUGAUGGAAAAGCUCUUUUAAGCUUCAAGCACAACAAUAAGGCCUCUCGUAGCGAAACUUCUACAGCUUCAUCAUGUAACCCAUCCAAUUAUACCCAACAACUCCAGCAAGUGGCACAUCAGCAGUUGCCAGCUCCAGUUUCUGUAGAACAGCCUUCAAUUGAUACUUCAGUGUCUGUUGGAGCAGGGAUAUCUGCCACCAGAUAUUCGCAUCAGACCCAACAGAUCAACUCAAAUGUCCACAUCCCAUACGAUGACACGUCUUUCGCUCCUCAGACUCAAUUCAAUAAUAGCUCAUCUCAUCAGCCUCUUCUCACUAGAAGCAGCAAUACAGGACUUGCUUUGGCCCCCCCUCUUCAACAGCCAAGCUUAGGUUACCAGCCUCUACAAACCGUAAAUGCGAACUCUUAUGAGGAUUGGUCACGUCCGCGUGACAAUCGUGGUGUCGAAGACUUCUUCUCCGAGGAUGAGAUCCGCAUGAGAAGCCAUGAGAUUCUCGAGAAUGAUGACAUGCAACAUCUUCUUCGAGUCUUCAACAUGGGUGGAGCCGCUGGUGCUAAUCUCCCAGAAGAUGGAUUCGGCUUCUCGUCUUACAUGCCGUCUCCAUUCCCAAGCUAUAACUUCGAUGAUGAUCGCAACCGUUCAUCCGGAAAGGCCGUUGUGGGGUGGCUUAAGAUCAAGGCGGCGAUGAGAUGGGGAAUCUUUAUUCGUAAGAAAGCAGCUGAGCGAAGAGCUCAUCUUGUCGAGCUCGAAGAAGAUUAGUAAAGCUGUUACUAACCGCCAGUGUUCGGCAGGUAAUGUUAGGAAAUUCUUCAUCUCUGUAUAGUAAUGUUCUUCCCUUGCUCAGUUUAUGCCAAUCCUCUAGGGCUUUUUAUUUUACAAAACAUGAGGAAAGGCUGUUUGGAUUAAGAUUAUUUGGUGAAUGGACGAAUGUUGUCAUUUUAUUUCUUUUUAAUUUUGUCAGUAGUAAGUAUUUGGAUUCAUUUGUAGUGCGUAUUUGAAAAUAAGUUCUGAUGCAAUUUAUGUCA